AAUGCCUAUCCUAUGUUUCAUCCACAAUACAAUUCAGUUGAAAAACGUUUGGAAUCAUUUCAAUACUGGCCUGAACAGUAUAAACCAAAUAAAGAUCAAUUAGCUGAGGCAGGGUUUUUCUACAGUGGUGUAUUCACCAAAGUGGUAUGUUUUUGUUGUGGGGUAGCUAUAUUAGAUUGGAAGAGAAAGGCUGAUUCCUGGCAGCAACAUGCUUUAGUUUCACCUACUUGUCAGUUUAUUCUACAUGAACAGGGUCAGGAAUAUAUCAGAGUAAUGUCUAAAAUAAAGGUAAGUGUUGUUAAAUCACUAUGA